GCGCGUGUUUAUUCUAUUUUCAUGCUGCGAAUUCGUAAUUACCGCUCGAUCGACUUAACCUCGCUGAAUUUUUCACGCGUACACAGGCUAGGAAAAAGAGAAUUAGAACGCUCCCAGCUGGGUGAAGAAAAUUGGAAAGGUAGGAGAAAUAGUCGCGCACGUUGACAGGGGCGAGACAUCGCUGAAGAAACGUAUCCCGGACGAGAUAACGUCUCGAAUGACCGGUUAAUUGAAUGCAUCCGAAAGGUCUCAAGGCGGUGGUGUGUUGCGGAAAAUCGAGAAAAUGUUUAAGAAAUUCGACGAGAAGGACAGCGUUUCCGGCGUUCAGCAAUUGAAGUCGUCCGUGCAGAAGGGAAUCCGUGCGAAGCUCCUGGAGCUGUAUCCUCAUCUGGAGAGCCACAUAGACGUUAUAAUACCAAAGAAAGACGCCUUUCGCAUUGUGAAAUGCCACGACCAUAUAGAGAUCAUAGUGAACGCAGCGGGAGACCUGUUAUUCUUUCGCCAUCGUGAGGGUCCCUGGAUGCCUACUUUGAAAUUGUUACACAAGUAUCCAUUCUUUUUGCCGAUGCAACAAGUCGACAAGGGUGCCAUUAGGUUUGUUCUUAGCGGCGCCAACAUAAUGUGCCCCGGCUUGACGUCAAAGGGUGCCAAGAUGAUGACCGUGGACAAGAAGACGGUAGUCGCUGUUAUGGCUGAGGGCAAGCAACAUGCGUUGGCUGUUGGAAUUACAACAUUAUCAACGGAAGACAUCAUCAAGGUGAACAAGGGAGUAGGCAUCGAGAACUGUCAUUACUUGAACGACGGGCUCUGGCAGAUGAAACCAGUGAAGUAAGACUGAUUGUACCUUGGAUCCAGGAUCGAAGAACCAUUCUACAGACGUUCUUUUAUCCACUUUUACUUCGCCACGCAAUUGAUUUCACGUGAAGCAGUACAAUUUCUGGACAAGUUUUGUGUCCGCAGUGUUACAGUGAUCAUGAUGAAACUAAAAUUCUUAUAUUUUUAUCGUAUAAAUUAAAGAGUUACGCCUAAUGGGUCCUGCUGGCGCAAGGAUACAGAGAUAAACGGUCAUAGACACGCCAUUUCAAGUGGAAAUCCCAGUAUAGUGUUUGUAAAAUAAAGAAUAUUUAAGCGGCUCCC